ACACACAACGAUAACUGGUGAGAUCCCGUCCCGACAGCCGUCCGUGCAUCCUCUGCGUGUCCUCUGUUUGUGUGCCUCACCCUCACCCUCUCUGUGAUGUCUUUCCUAGAAAUAAAAUAGCAACGGCCGCACCCGCACCAGCGCCAUGUGUGUGUUGGUCUGUCUCUUGUGUUGCAGCCUCCCUUCAUGCUGUCCCACGCUGUCGAUGCUGCUCUGUACCUGUUGCUCUGUACCUGUUGUUGCCGUCGUACGUACGUUGGUGAUCAUGUGCCUGUACUGGUGUGAUCAGGCCAGGCCUUGCCUGUUUGUUCUUGCCGUGUAAUCCGGAGUCUUUUCUUCUGGCUGCUCGGCUGUGCGCCGGGCCUGCCUGUUGUCCUUGCCGUGUAAGCUGGAGUCUUUUCUUCUGACUGCUCGGCUGUAUGGUGGUGCUACAAUACUGGGCUGGUAGAGGUGCUGGCAUGUGCACGCACUUGCCCAAUCCCUUAACUUCAUGUGUCUACCCUCCAUGCUCGCGUCGUGGGACCCGUGGCCUGCCGUGCGGUGGUGUCAUUGCUAGGAAUGCUUCCAUGCAGUGCUGCUCUGCCGGCCUCUUACGGUGCUCGUGAUGCUGGCGCUGCGGGAGCUUUUGCGGGCUACCCUGUACAAGCCCACCCCGUACAGCAACAACAGCAGCAGACAUUGACCACCAGCCCUCCGCCGGAAACGCAGGUGUACGUUCCGGCUGUGUUAAAGGCGAACCUGGAGGCAGUGCAGACGGAGGGAAAGACGCUUGAAGACGUGGAGGAGGAGGUGGUGAGGUUGUGCGCCGGUGAAGGGGCGAUCCUUUCUACCGCGAAAUCGACGAGUCUCGACACCGCACCUGGGGUACUACGGCGGAACGUAAAGGGAAGCGCGAGAACUGGUUGUCCGUUUGAGGUUAGCGUCCGGCACGCGAAGACCCACAGGUGGCCCAAGAUUAGCAACAUGAAGCUCAAGCACAACCACAGCGUCGACCGUAACGCCAUCGAUGUCCAGGUUCGCCUCGCAUCAAAACUAACGGAGGAGCAGCUGGGACAAGUGAAGCAGAUGACAAGUCAUGGGAUGAAGCCAAAAGAGGUGACAAAAGCAAUGAAGGCGUUGCACGAGGACGGCGACAUCGACAUCAACAAGCGCGCGGUGCAGAACGCGGCUGCCACUGUGCGCACGGGGCGGAGAAGCCGAGAGAUGCCGCCGAUGCGUGCGAAGAGGUCUUGGCCGCGACGGCCGACGGCGGAGUGUGCGAGAUAAAGAUGGAUGACAGCGGCCGCUUGACGCACAUCUGGUGGCAAACGAGAGAGCAGGUGGCGCUUUGGAAUCGGUACGGUCACGUUGCGCUCUACGACGACACCGCCGUCAAGAACAGAUACCGGAUGCCCCUCGGUGUGCUCGCUUUCAUCGAUUCAGAGUAUCGGACGCGGAUCGUCGGCCAAAGCAUAACGGCGGACACCACAACGGACACUUUCCUGUGGAUGUUGAAGAGUGCGUUGGAGUCUCGCGGGGGGGAAGCAGCCGGAUAUCUUCAUCCAGGACGCGGAUGCGGCGAUGACGGCGGCGGUGCGCGAGGUGUUCCCGGACGCGCUGGCGAGGCGCUGUUUAUGGCACCUCAACCAGAACAUCAUCAAGGCCCUCGCUAAAGUCCUUGGUGGGGAGAUGAAGCCUUUCAUGGACGAGUUCAGGUGUGUGCGUCAGCAGCUGUCAUUGGCGAAGUUUGAAGGGAAGUUCAACGCCCUCCUCGAAAAGUACCCGAAGGCGGAGAGGUACAUGCGAGUGGUAUAUGACGACCGCGCACGGUGGGCGGAAUAUGUGUCGCCCCUGGUGUUCUCCGUGGGUUCGUGGACGACAUCAAGAGUUGAAGGCCAAAACGCCCUCAUCAAGGAUAAGUGCAACUCGCGCUCCUCGCUUUUGGACGUGGCGAAGUACUUUUCGGGCAUCAUCUGUUCCCAGAAGGAUGCCGCCAUGCUGCGAGACGCCAUCGACCAUCUGCCGCCUAAUCGGAUGGUGGCUCCACCAGCGACCGCUUUCAAAAGUGUGCUCGAGUCCUG